GACAAUUGCUUGCCUCUUUCAGCCAGCAGUCUGAGCUGCUUUGCCUUGCUUAAACUUGCGUCCUCGUGAUCCUCCCUCCAUCCCCGCCAGUUUGGGUCGUGACGACCGACGCCAAUAAUCCGUCCGUCCGCUGGCUGGAGCUUAAUCUUAACCCACCGCCACCAUGUCACCCUCGCAGCGAUCCGUUGCCUCGGCGGACAUGCCCUUCAUCAUCUCCACCAGCACCAAGAAAGUCGAUCCCCAUACUCGCAAACUCAUCCGCAGCCAUGUCAUGAUUGGUAAGAACCGCGGCAAGUCCCGGUAUCGCCAAGCAGAGGACUUGGACUUGGGAUCCAAGCCGGUCGACACGAGCACAGACGAUGUGGCGGCCUCAGCUGCUCCAGUGGCCACGCGAGCGGCGUCGGAGCUUCCCCGCAGGAUUGGACACGACAUGUCCUUGAUUCAGCUGGCCGAUGACAUGACCAGCCCGGCCUCUCUAGCCACAAUCCUGCACUUCACCGAGCGAGCCAAGACGGAAUUCUACCCUUUGGCCGUCUGUAUCGUCUUCAAUACCGCCAGUCGCACCUGGAUGCUCGACAUGCUCACCCUGGAUGCCGCCUACCUCAACGCCAUGGUCAUCACCACUCACUCCUACUUUCGCCCCCGCCAGGGUUUCGACCUGUCUCUAUCCCCUCAUUUAGUCAAGACCAUCCGCCUCCUGCGUGACCGACUCGCCGACGAGCAGCUUAAAGUGUCGAAUGCGACCGUCAUGAUUGUCAUUCUCCUGGUUUUGCAUGCUCAUAUCAUGGGGGACUUUGAAGCGGUCCGGCAUCACACCGAGGGUCUGCGAAAGAUGGUCCGUCUGCGCGGGGGAUUGGGCGCGUUCAUGUCGAAUAACAAAUUGGUCAUCGAUCUCAUCCGGUGCGAUGUGGGACUGGCUAUCCACAGUGGAAACAAGCCCGCCUUUUUCGAGAACCGGGACCUCGACAUCUUCGUGCCGUCCGCGCUCUGCUUCCAGACCCGCCGCAACGCCGAUCCUGCGUUCGUACGGGAGCUCGACUCUGGACUCGCCAGGAUCUGGCACAUCAUGCAGGGAUUCUGUUCUCAAAUCAACCUCACCGUCGAAUCGAACGGCAUGAUCCCGGAAAAGGACUUCCUCAAAACCAUGGCCUCCGUCAUGUACCCCUUGCUGCAUAUGAGCUUUGACUGUGGGUCCCGCAACGAAGCCAUCCGUCUAGCGCUAUUAGGCUACGGAUUCGAUAUCUUCCUCCAGUGGCGCGCCACUAUUCCGUAUACAAAUCUAGCUUCUUCGUACCGGCGAUGUCUCGGCGGCCUGGUGAUGAGGGACGAUGUCUCCCCGGAACUCUGGAUCUGGUUGUUGACCGUUGGCGGGCUCUCGGUCUUUACGCCAUCCGCGAGGAGCUACUUCCGGCAGUGGCUACUCUAUCACCUGGGGGGCUGUAAAGUGCGCUCCUGGGCAGAGAUGCGAUCGAUCCUGUCCUCCUUCAUGUGGAUCGGGCUGGUACAUGACCGAGCAGGGAAGGAUAUAUUUAACUCCGUGCUGUCGCACAUGGUUCCAGGGAAGGAGACUCCCUCGGCGCUUUAAUGAAUUGGGAAUAAAUAGAAGUGUACAUGAUGUAAUGUUAUAUAAUAUGUUCUAUACUUUUAUCGGAAUACAAUGUGGA